GAGGGCUGGGGGGUGGGGCGGCCGAUGGGGAGCCCGCGCCGAGCCUGCUGCUGCCAAGGGAGCGUUCCGAGCCCACGUCAGGGGAAGUGUCGGGAUAAAUAGGUCCGGCAAUGGCCGGGGUUGGCUGCGCUCGGAGCUGCCGGGCCGGGGACUGGAAUUGUCAGGGCGGGUUUGCGCCGGGGAGGCUGAGGGCUGGCGCUGCUCGUGCCGCGCGCGCCGGACUGCGGAUACCCCCGGCCGGCCCCAGAGGCCGCGCACUGCUGCCCACGGGAGUUUGGGGAGAGCACAUCCCCUGUGCCCUAAAGGACCUCUUCCUUCGGGAAGGGAGAGAGAAAGACUAGGGAGCGCCCAUUCUGUCUACUGGGGUGGCGGCGCGGGAGGGCAGUACCAUGCUCCUCUCCAUCCUGACCGCGCUGUGCCUGUGGCUGCGCCUGGCGCUGGGCGUGCGCGGCGCGCCCUGCGAAGCGGUGCGCAUCCCGAUGUGCCGGCACAUGCCCUGGAACAUCACGCGGAUGCCCAAUCACCUGCACCACAGCACGCAGGAGAACGCCAUCCUGGCCAUCGAACAAUACGAGGAGCUGGUGGAGGUGAACUGCAGCGCGGUGCUGCGCUUCUUCCUCUGUGCCAUGUACGCGCCCAUCUGCACCCUAGAGUUCCUGCACGACCCCAUUAAGCCGUGCAAGUCGGUGUGCCAGCGCGCGCGUGACGACUGCGAGCCCCUCAUGAAGAUGUACAACCACAGCUGGCCUGAGAGUCUGGCCUGCGAUGAGCUGCCUGUCUACGACCGGGGUGUGUGCAUCUCGCCUGAGGCCAUCGUCACUGACCUCCCUGACGACGUUAAGUGGAUAGACAUCACUCCAGACAUGAUGGUACAGGAAAGGCCUCUUGACAUUGACUGUAAACGCCUAAGCCCAGACCGGUGCAAGUGCAAAAAGGUGAAGCCAACCCUGGCAACGUAUCUAAGCAAAAACUACAGUUACGUCAUUCAUGCAAAAAUAAAAGCCGUGCAGAGGAGUGGCUGUAAUGAAGUAACGACAGUGGUGGAUGUGAAAGAGAUCUUCAAGUCCUCAUCACCCAUCCCUCGGACUCAAGUCCCUCUUAUUACGAAUUCUUCCUGCCAGUGUCCACACAUCCUGCCUCAUCAAGAUGUUCUCAUCAUGUGUUACGAGUGGCGCUCACGGAUGAUGCUUCUCGAAAAUUGUUUAGUUGAAAAAUGGAGAGACCAACUCAGUAAAAGAUCCGUACAGUGGGAAGAGAGGCUGCAGGAACAGCAGAGGACAACCCAGGACAAGAAGCGAACAGCAGGGCGCACCAGUCGCAGUAACGCCCCGAAGCCCAAGGGGAAGCCACCUGCUCCCAAACCAGCCAGCCCCAAGAAGAACAUCAAAGCUAGGAGUGCUCCAAAGAGCACAAACCCCAAACGAGCGUGAGCUAACUGCUUUCUGAAAUGGGGACUUCCUCUCAGAGUGAGGCCAGGCAUCGCCCAGACAGCCUGUAGAAGGCCACACACCCCUCGCCUUAACAACCACAGUCCUCUUCAUAGACACAUCUUGCAGCAUUUUUCUUAAUGAUAUGCUUCAAUUUUUCUUUUUAAGUCACUACAAACCAUAGUGGUAGGUAUGCCCUUUGGUAUGGAAGGUAUAAGAAAGCUGGUCAAAUAGGCUUAUUGUAUUGAGAGUAAACUGUGUGCAGACUCUGUGAGAGCUCCACUAGGGCAAAGAUGCUUUUGUUCUUACAAUUUGACCUGAUAUGUGCAUUGAAAAAUAAAUGCCAUAUUACAAACAAAA